AUGAUCAAAUAUUCAUUUCUAGCUACAACAAGUGCUGUGGCAGCGCCCUCAAAUAUGGUUGGUUAUCGAGGCAAUAUUGGUCAAAGUUAUAUUUUUCUUGUGACGGGAUCUGUUAGUGGUGCUAUAUGGGGUACAAAUAUUUACACAGAUGAUUCAAAUCUUGGCGCAGCUGCUGUACACGCUGGUGUUAUUCAGAACAAUCAAGCAGGUCUAAUUACAGUCACGAUGUUAGCAGCACAAAGUAGUUAUACAAGUACCACUAGAUAUGGUAUUACUUCUUUUUCAUAUGGCUUUUGGUGGGGUAGUUAUUCUAUUACUAGUGCUACUGGAUAA